AUGACAGACGACUUUUUCGAAAUAUUCUUAGAGGAGGAAGUAACGAAAGAAAUAUCAAAGAAUGAAUUUAAAGAUGCGCAGACACAAAAUUUAAAGAGGAGGUGUGCUGAGUAUUAUACGGCUCAAAAGAGAAAGUGGGAGACCUUCAAAUCCUUCUCUUAUGGGUUUAAUCCAAUUGAGAAGUUCAGAGAUGUUCCUGCUGUAUGUACAGUAUCUUUAUAUCCAGAGUAUGUGAUAGUAGGGCCAGUAGAGAAAGAAGGUAUAAAACACAACUACACAGAUGUAAUAAACACGCUGUUAAGUUACAUUAACAGGAACAUAAUACAUCCGUACCUAUUAGACUUAUUAGACAGAGGAGACUAUCCAUUCUAUGACAACCAUAUUGUAAUAGAAGUAGUGGACCACAGGGAUGUAGAACCAAUUUCCAGUAGAGUAUUAUUACGUGGUACUAUUGCUGGGUUACCGUAUACGCAAGGCCUACUUCUAUCAACAAAAACAGAUGAAGUCACAGAGUCUGAGUUAUAUGCUAAAACAGCCACUAUUUGUUUAGACCCAUCCCCAGAAGUAUUUGAAUUAUUAAAGAUACAGGAUUAUAAUGUAAAGAAGUAUGACAGAAUGAAGAUAGACAAGAAGCAAAAGAUAAAACUACAAAUUGGAGGGAUAAUAAAGGAGUACAGGAGAACUGAGAAUACAAAAAAAAAUGAAGUGUACAUGGGGUUAGAGAGAAGUAUUAAUCCAAGGAUAUACAGGACAACUAAAUUUAUAGGGGGAAAUAUUCAUUAUUCUAUAAAUGCAGUUGCAAAUACGGAUUAUAUUGAAGUAAUAUUCAGGAAAGGAGACGUAAUCAACACAGCAACAGGUGGAUUUAUAUCCAAAAGGAAAUUCACAUCACCCGGUCAGAUAGAUAUGUACAUUGACAGUGUAAAGAAAUUAUUGGAGAUGUACCAUACAGAUUUAAAGUGUAUAUGCGAUGUAUCUGCUAAUCCCAGAAAGACAAAGCAGUAUACAUCACCGUAUCAGAGACAGACUCCAGAUGAUGGAGAUAGAAGGGCAGGUGGAUUUAUAUCUCCUAAAAUUCCAACGGUAGGGCAGAGUUCAAUGGAGAGGCGUAUUCGGUAUAUAAAACCAAAGACAAUUGAAGACCAUCACAGCAUAAAUAUAAAUGAAAGGGGUCAGGGCAUAAAUAUAAAUGAAAGGGGUCAAGGCAUAAAUAUAAAUGAAAGGGGUCAGGGCAUAAAUAUGAAUGAAAGGGGUCAGGGCAGUGUAUGGGACACUUCUUCAACCCCAAAGGAGAUGGAUGAUUUUAAUUUUGACUAUGUGAACAAAAAAUUUACAUAAUUAUCAAUAAGUCAUGAGCUUAAUCAUAAUUUAUAAUGCAUAUUAUAAUAUAUAAUAAGAAGUAACACACAAUUUAAUAAACC